CGCUUACCACUUCGCUGCAUCCUUGCCGUUAUCGUCGUCGUCGUCGUCGUCGUCGUCGUCGUCCUGCCACCGGGAUCUCGUCACAGCGACUCAUCGAUCAUAAUCCUGCGCUCCUCGACGAGGACGACGAGGCGGGUAAACAACGUUCACCGGCGUGGUUUACCUCGCAUGACACGCUCGGCGUGGGAGAUGGGACGAGACACGAGACGCCACCCGAUAUAUUAAAUACUCUUGGCGAUCACUCCCGGAACGCGAGCGGAGGGAAACGCGACGCGACACGAAUCACGGACCGAGGACGCGACGAACGCGAUUCGGCUCGCACUUUUCAAAUAUUCGCGUAGAGCAACCUCGCACGGCGAUUCGAGUGUCGCUGACGCGUGCGCACGAAAGUGAUAGUUGGUUGCACUGGCGACAUGUCAGCUUCAGGGAAGAAAAAUUACGCGCGAAUGUCCGCGCCAUCUGUUGCCGUUUGGUAAAAGUAAAUAUGGGCCACGUGACGAGUGCCUACCGGGAAGCCACGGAUGAUACGUAUAUUUGAAGGUUAUAGACUGAAUUGUUUGGGAAAUUUUUUAGUGACAAGUAUACCCGCAACUAACGUUAUGGGGAGAGCGUGUUGCGUCUUGGGAUGCCCGUCGGGCGGAGAUGCCCCAUCUCACCAGAUUCCCAAGAAUCCAAUUCUUUUUCAGAAAUGGAAAAACAUGAUCUUCUCUGAGAAAAUUCAACAUCUGACUGAUGAGCAGAUAAGCAAAUGUGCUGUAUGCUAUCGGCACUUUGCCGAUGAUGAUUAUCUAGUGACGUUUAGAGUGAGGAAAUUGAAGCGCGGCAUAGCGCCUUCAUUAAAUCUGCCAAACAAGCCUGCUACUAAUAAUGACAAGUCUAGUAUAGUUAAGAUAGAAUCGGAAAUCGAAAUGGAAAUGUCCGAUCCAGAAACAAGUAUGUUUCUUGAAAAUCUGAAAACGGAAAGUCAAGAAGCUGAAACGGAAGUAUCAAAAAUUUCAUUAUUCGAAGAUAUUUCAGAAGAAACUGAAUCUUACUUUCAUAAACAGCUGCAACAAAUUUCACCGGAUAAGCAUAAGGUAAAACAAACCGAUUCAAAGGCAGAAGCAUUUAAAUUAUAUUGUAGAAGAAAAGCACUGAAAAGAAAACAAAGAAAAUUAAGGGCCGAGAAAUUAGUAUUACUACGACUUAAAAAACAAGCUGAACAAUAUGAAAAAACACCUACAAUACAAAAACUCUUGUCUUCUUUAACACCUACUGAAAUAGCAUUAGCCAAAACCAAAAUACGAAUGUCAAGAUAUUUGCCAAGAGUAUACAUAAGAGUAUAUUAUGAUAUUGCUAGGAAAAAAGCUCUUGGCCAAUUAUAAAAUUUAUUAAUUUGAGAUAAAUGUCAAAACUGAAAGGAUAUGAGAAAUUAAGAUGAACAAAUCUAUUAUCUCAUUCCACACACGAUGAGGAGAAGAAGAAAGCAUGCGAUAAGUUAAAAUAUAUAACUGAUAGCUGUCAACAAUAGAGGUCCAUAUAGAUAUCAACAAGAAAGAAUGAAUCAUAUCAAAUCAAAUUCACCAUGAUAAUGUUGCGAGUACAAUCUAUUAUGACUACAGAAUAAUAAAUGUACUGGAUAACGAUUUUAUUACAUAACAAAAUCGCAAUCUAUUAAAAAUUUUUCUCCAAACAGAGGGGAAAGGUACGAGUGAAAACGAAUCGCAUGCAAGAUAAUCGUUCGAACUGUGUUGACACAACGGUGGUUUUACUGUAUUUUUAAAAACGAAUACAUGAAAUAUACAUUUAUAAUUAUAUAUAUAAUUGGUAGAAGGAUUAUAUUCUCUGAAUAUAGACCUCUGAACGCUAUCUUAUCGUUAACGACGUCGUAAAGAGUAUAACAUAUCCUCUCUGAACACAUAAUCUUGACGGGGAUUAUUCUGUUGAGCACUUUACUCGCCGGUGAUGUAUCUUUUUGUUUUCUUUUCCUUUUACUACGCGAGAGAAUCGCUAUACUGACAAUAAUCCGGUGAUCCGCGUUCAGGAAACGCGCCGAUAAAUAUUUAUCCGCGCGUGAUCGAUUCCGCGGAACGGGAGGAAUAAAGCCGAUCGAAUUGGUACAAAUCAGAGGUACACAACAAAGAUACACCCUUUAGGAUCGGUUGUUAUGUGCGUGAAGUACUUUUCGAGCGUAACACACAUCCAAAAAGUCAUCCAACAAAUUACGUUGAAAAAUAUUCUCAUUUAUACAUUUAUUUUUAUCUAUACAUCUCUUAUCAAUUUAUAUUCUGGAGGUGCUGCGUGUAUGUAUUUUAUUCUCUUCCUCUACGUCCAUAGACUAAUUAUGAAACACUGCAAUUUCAAAAUGUAUUCGAUCCUAUGACCAAUCUCAAAGAGAGUUAAUGUGUUCUAUAGUCUGUAUAUAAUUAGGAAAUACUUUCCCUUUAGUGACAUAUCAUUAUUAUAUUACGGAGCGCGUUAAUUGGCUGCAUAGUUUCAACUUUCUUCACAUUCUUUUUCACGGAAUUCGACGGUUUGAAAAAUGCACCAAGUAGAAAAUUACUCAAAAUUUCGAUCGAAAGAUUUCUCUAAGAAUUCUUUAGCGUUUUUACCGUAGAUAAAUACAAGAAUACAACAAGUGAAUAAGAAAAGGGAAAGUUGAUUUAAGAACAAGAUUUUUUGAAAUCUGCGUUUACUGUUAUUACGUUUCUUCAAUCGUCGAUUCGAUCAAUAAAUUGAUUGAUCAUCGUCUCGCGUAUUAGCGUAAUAUAAUUAAAGCCAAUAAGAGAUAGAAAGACAAAGUCUUUUCGUUUCUUCCAGCACGAUGAGAUGAAUCGAGAGAAGAUAUAAUCAGCGACAAAGAAGUGUAUUAGAAGUGAAAUGGUCAAAAUCUGCGAAGAAAGAUCGCAUAGGAGAUAUCUAAAGGGAAAGUGUAGUAACAAAAAAAAAAAAAAUGAAAUACUACAAUUGUACCAUUUAUCCUGACGCUUUUAGGCCCUGCGGAAUAAUGGUCGGGCCCCGAGAAUUCAAUGGGGGCUCUGAAAUAAUAGCAUUCGAUUCUUUCAGUCGUACAAAAGUUCCAUUAUUAAUAGUAAUUAAAUAUUAUUAAUAGUAAUAUCUCGACGGAGAGUUUCGUUAUAGAUACAAACGGUUCAUAAAUUAAUCGAAUAAAGGACCCGAGCCUAUUCUAUGACGCCUAAAGGCGUCCCUGCAUAGUUUGUGCGUUGAUACUCGUAAAAAUCGAUAGUAUACGUAUAUAGGAGAACCGCCUCUCUCGAUGCACGCGCGUUCGGACGAGCUAUGAGUGUCGAUCAACAUCAGAAUGUGUAUUAAUUUGAUUGUAUAUAUCGCCUGGGGCACAAUGUUUACCGACUCUGGUAUUACGACAAUCGCAAGCGUUGUAUUUUCAGCGAUAUGAGAGCGAGACGAGUGAGCAAUAAAUCGAAUUAAAUCGACAAGUUGAGAGCGCAUACAGUUGUCACUUUGUUCAAUAUCAAUUAACUUCUUCUAGUUUGAUUAAUGAAAAUUUCGAAAGAUGAAGAAAAUUUGUAGACAAUCAUAAUUAUAGGAUUUAUAGUUAGAAAGAAAGAUAUUUUAAAAUUAUUGCACACAAAUUUUCUACAUCUUUUUUACAUCCAUUUAAUUUGAAUGACAAACAUGAUCUUUGUAAAAAUAAUGAUCAAAAUAGUAUUUGUAGCAUACUUGGUCCUAGUUAUUCGAUAAAUAAUCGUCAAUCGUUAUCAUUCAUUUCGUAAUUAAAAUCGAUUUCACUGGCGAUAAAAAUCGCGAGUGAUUUCUCGUCCGAACGCAUCUCUACUUAAACGAAAUGCGUGUCGUGAACAUCUCUCACACACACACACACACACACAUCUAUUUUGAUACGUGUAAAUGAUUGUCCGUGAUUGUCCAUAGUUGAUAGAAUAAUCACACUUCGAUAUCAUUCUAUUCUUUAUCUUUGCCUGCCUGUUUUAUAGUGAGAAGAGGGAGUGGAAGAGCGAAAGAGCGAGUGCGCGGCCGCAGCCUCGAUGUCACCCGACCGCUUUGUUACUUUCUCCAAAGGUGUAUCGGGGUGUGCUUAACGUUAAGGACACUUAACUUUGUAUAAUCUCUUAUGCCAUUAGUUAGAAUAUAAACACACGAAAACGAGAUUCUUUGGAAUUGUAGACGUUUCACGAGUUGGGAACGAAAUCGAUGAAACUUCGGCGCUUUCCGAUUUUCUCGCGCGAUUAUGGAUGCGAAGAAUCUCGUCGGAUUAAAGGAUGGAAAAUUUUACACAUAAAAUCCAAUACGAAUACAAUUUGACUUUCGAAUCUACUUUCUUAUAUUUAAAAAAAUGAUGUUAUUUCUCAAAAUGAUUUUCGUUGAAUUCUACAGCCUACAUUUCGACGCUUAACAAUUUGAAAAUUGAACUCUCUUCCUUUCUAUCUUUAUCUUCUCUCUCUUUCUCUUUUUCUUUUUCUCUCAAUGUCUACACAUGUUCGAUGACCUCUAUUUAUUUAUUUUGGACAUUGUUUAUUUAUUUUAUAAUUUAUGUUAUAUUUAUUUUACAUUGUGUUCAAUAUAUCCUUUAUGAUAUUUUAAUUAGAAGGUAAUUAUAAUAAAAAAAAAAACAGGAAAGGAAAGGAAAAAAGAAAGAAUUUUUAUCCUAAAGAGAUUUUUAAAUUUUCGAUUAAAUUAACGUUCCAAUAGGUAAUCAUUUAAAAUGAAUUGUAGAAAGUAAAUCCCGCUAAAUUUCCGAUGGUUAAUAACUCGGAAAAUAAAUUCUCUUUCCUGUUCUUUUCUCUCUCUUUUUCUUUUACUGUUCACGCAUAUGAUCUCUGCAAUUAUUUUGAACGCAAUUAUUUUUGUAAGGUUUUUUCCGUUUUUAUAUAGCGUCAUAUAUAUAAAAAAGUCAAAAAUCUAAUUUACCAAAGUUCAUAACGUUUUUUAUUAAGUGAAAUAACUAAUCGCGCGAGUGCAUAUUUAUUAUUAGCUACAACUUUUUAUAUAAACUUUUUAUAUAAACUUCGUAUAAAAUGUAUACUUCAUUAUUCUAGUAGAUUAAGUAAAUACAAUCAAAAAAAAAAAAGAGAGAAAG